UUCAUCUUCAUCAGAGCUCGAGCGGAGCGCGCGACACUCACGGAUUUAAAGACGAUGGAUUACAAACUCUGAAUUUAGCUGCCAACAACAAGUGAUCUUGAUAUCUGCUAGUCAUUUUGAACGUCAUAUUCUGACGCACGUUUUCCCCUUACAAAUAUACAUUAACAAUAUCUUUACAUUGAUAUAAGCGCAAUGGUUUUGUUCGUUUACCAUUAACGGCGCAAUAUAGGUUUUAAGUUUGUUACUUUUUUUAUUGCUAAAAACGCCUUCGAAAACAAUGGACUUAUUAUACCGUAAAGUACUACUUAUGACUCUCCUGACUGUUCAGGUUCGUAGUGACGUUGUGUCACCGUCUAAACAUCCAGGCCUGCAGGUGCUGGCCACAGCUUCACACUACUGGCCUCUGGAUUCAGUGGAAGGGAUCCACGGCCUCUCAGACCAGAUUGGGAACAGAACAGGUCAUGUUAAUGGGACUAAUAUAACUGUCAGAAUCCACAACCACACUGUCCUGACUACCCAUAAUUCUUCCUCUGUGUAUACCAAUGACUCUGCCUACACUAACAUUUCCGCCACUGUAGACAUUGUAGAAGGAAUGGUCAAUAAGGGCAUCUAUCUGAACGGUGAUAACGGGGCCACUUUCCUUCACUUUGGCAACUAUAAAGACUCCUGCAUAAGUGAUCCUGCUUUGUGUGGACCUGCCGGGAUAACUUUCUCCUUCUUCUGGAAAAAUAAUGAAGUAGAUUCUCGUUUUGCGAUUGCAUCCGGAGGUAAAGUCAUCUCAAGCGGUUUCUCUGUCUACUCUAACCCUUACGGAAGAUACGUGGAGUUCUACACAAGAGGAGACUCCAAGACAUGGAAAGCACAAAUUAAUCUUCCAGGGCCCUACUGGACACACGUGCUCUUCACAUGGACCCAAGCGGAGGGGUUAAAGGUCUACAUUAAUGGGACAUUCAGUGUAGGAGACCCCACAGGAAAUGUUUCUCUAAACUACGGCGAUCCCUAUGCUGACUUGGUUAUUGGCACAGGAAACACUGGGAAUUACAACCACUAUGCCACAGGGGCCUUCGAUGAGUUUGUGAUUUGGGAGAGGGCCUUGUCCCCUCAAGAUAUAUUGAUGUACUACAAAGCCGCCAUUGGUGAGAAUGUGAUGUCCACCUUUCCCACCGAAGUAUCCAUCAGUGUCACUGCUGCAACAGAUACUCAGUUAAAGAGAACCACAGAGAUGCCCCGACCUGCCUCCACAAACCUGACAGAGGAAGUUCAGAGACUUCAGGACCCCAUGCGGUUACAAACGCAAGACCUCCUUCAGUCUCUAUCAUUUAACCUUCCAAACAAGACUAUACCUCAGGAAACAGCCAACAAUCUAACACAGUCUCUACUAAAGAGCGUGGAUGAGGUCAUAACUGCCAGCGACUGGAGAGAAAAUGAUGAGUGGAGUCCAGUGGUCAAUGGGCUGGUGGAAACGGUGGAUAAAGUGAUGGUGCAUAUGGCCUCCAAGCUUCGGUCUGACCCAGAUGCAGAGGCUCCACUGGCCUUAAGGGGCAAGAGCUCCGUAGCGGAUUACUCUCUGAUGAAGAUCCCUCAGAACUACAAUCUGCAAAGCUACCGGUUUCCAACACAAGGGAAGAGUUACAUCUCAGUACCAGGAGAGGCCCUCACAAUGCAGUCUCAGACCACGAUUGUGGGACUUUUCUACCACAAAAUGCACAACUACUACAAAAAAAUCAGCCCUCUACAAACAAGGAUAAAUGAGGCAGUGGAUUUUAAAGAUCAUAAGAUCCAGAUGGCCAGUCAUCUUAUUUCUCUGAAGGUGGAACCGUCUCCUGCGCUGUCAUUCAACCUUUCCACUGAGCCGCUGAUCCGGAUCGUCCUCACGCAUCAGCUGAGUAAAGAACAGCAACUCCAGGCCUUAAACCAAAGUAACAAAGUGUUCCUGUACUGCGCCUUCCUGGACUACAGCUCCAAGGAUGGCGUGUGGUCCAAUGAGGGCUGUGUGAGGGCUGAUGGAAACCUGUCCUUCUCUAUUUGCUUGUGUAACCAUCUGACAAACUUCGCCAUCCUUAUGCAAGUGGUUCCCUUGGAGCUCUCAAAGGCCCACAAGGUGGCGCUGUCCACCAUUAGCUACAUCGGCUGCUCUAUCUCUAUUUUCUGCCUGGCAAUUACACUGGUCACCUUUGCCGUCCUGUCGUCGGUUAGCACCAUCCGUAAUCAGCGUUACCAUAUUCAUGCAAACUUGGCAUUUGCAAUCUUAGUCGCUCAGAUCCUUCUGCUCAUCAGUUUCCGCUUCAGUCCCAGCACGCUCCCGUGUAAGAUCAUGGCCGUAUUGCUGCAUUUCUUCUUCCUGUGUGCGUUCGCCUGGAUGCUGGUGGAAGGGCUGCAUCUCUAUAGCAUGGUGAUCAAGGUGUUCGGCUCAGAGGACAGCAAGCACUUUUAUUACUAUGCCAUCGGAUGGGGAUGUCCUUUGGUCAUAUGUGCGGUGUCUAUAACCUCGUCACUAAACAGCUAUGGGGAAGCUGGCAAUUGCUGGCUGUCUCUCCAGAAUGGGGCGAUUUGGGCUUUUGUGGCCCCUGCUCUGUUCGUUAUAAUGGUGAACAUUGGCAUUUUGAUAGCUGUGACACGGAUCAUAUCCAGGAUCAGUGCUGAAAACUACAAGGUUCACGGAGACGCCAACUCUGUUAAGCUUACGACUAAAGCGGUGGCGGUACUCUUGCCCAUCCUGGGCAUAUCGUGGAUCUUUGGGGUUCUGGCGGUGAACAACCACUCCCUACUUUUCCAGUACAUGUUUGCAGUGUUUAACUCACUACAGGGGUUCUUCAUAUUCCUGUUUCACUGUCUGUUAAACUCUGAGGUGAGAGCUGCUUUCAAACACAAAACCAAAGUGUGGACUUUAACCAGCAGCUCAAUCCGCAACAUCAACGUCAAACCUUUCAACUCAGACAUAAUGAACGGCAACAAGGGCGGUGUGACACCCACAAAGAUGAACACAUGGGACAAAAGCACCAACUCAGCCAACCGCAUCGAUUUGUCAGCUGUAUAAUUUCUUCUGGUCCAAACAGAGCAAGUGGACAACAGCAUAGCACUUCUUAUAGAACAUGUCUAUAUCUAUAUCACUUUUUAAAUGGACUUUAUAUGAUGAAAUAGCUACAGACACUUGCAUCUGAUUGUACUAUAGUUAACUCACAACACAAAGUUCUCUGAUGUCAUUUCCUCCUGCUGAUGAUCUCUCUAACACAAACAUAGGAUGAAGACACACUGCCCGUUGUUGGGAUGAAGGAGUUCAUGGUUUGCUAAUAAUGUGGUGUGCAGAGGAAAACACACUAACUCUCACAGACAGGAGACUCUCCUGAGGUACAGUACCUGUACUGUAACGCUGUUUCCUUGCUUGGAUUUUUUUGGACAACACACUAGAUCUGUGCUUCAUGUUUGGCCGUCCUUUAAACAGAGGAGUCAUCAAAUACAAAGUCUGGAGUGUCUCAACUUUAAUGAGAACGCUUUUUUGCAACCAGCCUGAGUGAAGUAGCAGCUUCGAUUAAUCCACAUCCAUCUGUCCAUCAGCUAUGGCUUAAAAAAUUUGACCUGGAAGAGAAGAACAAUACUGGCCAAAUUCUCUGGAGAUCUUCCUCAUUGUUGUGAGGGGUUUCUCUCUCUUUAAAAAUCUAGUAUUGUAAAUGGCACUUCUGUUUAACCAAAUAUGUUUUUUUUUCAACAAGAGGUCAGUGAAAAGAACCGAUGAACCUCCACAAUAUGUUGACAUUCAAACUCAGAAGUUCAUUUAUAAUAUUGCACAAAUGUAUUGUGUGUGUGUGUGUGUGUGUGUGUGUGUGUGUGUGUGUGAAUGUUACUUUUUUUAAAAAGACAAAAGUCAUAUAACAGGGUUGAAUUAAUAAAUUAUGUUAAUGUGUGAAGACUAAUAUUAAUUAUUAAAAUAGCAUGACAGUAAACAAACACUUUCAGUUUUAUACUACAGUUGGAUAUGGCUUUGUUGUGUCGUUUAAAUAAUUUGACGGUUUUAAGAAGGUCAAGACCUCUAGAGUUGGACAAGCCUUACAGACAUUUGGUGUGUUUCUUACUAGAUUAAUUUCAUGUUAGAUAAUACUUUAUUUAAUAGUUCCUCAGAACAACAAACAUGCCACUUGUGUCUCAGUAACUGAACACCUAAUUGUACCCUAUUCAUGCACAGUGCCAAAUAGUUUUCUCAUGUCAUGAUAUAAAUCAGUUUGCGUCAUUUCAUAAAGGUGGACUCUUUUGUGAGACACACACAGCCAUGCGUAAUUCUCUGUAACUGUGCCAUCAUAGAUGCAUUUAUUGGUAUCACAACAGUUCAGUGUAUUAUUAAUGUGUGAACGUAUACAGUAUAUCUUUAAAUUAUUGUCGUCGUCUUCGUCGUGUUCCAACAAGACUUUGAUACUGCUUGAAAAAUCUUAUUCAGUAUCACAAUACUUAUUUUCCCAGCAUUAUAGCUUAAUCACCUAUUGUUUGUAGUUUAUGAGUGAAAGUCUUAGUGUUCAUGCUCUCCACCAAGAACAAAUCACAGAAGAUACUAUGUUUUAGUACCAACAUUUCAAAAGAGAGUUUAUCUCAAAUGAACAUUUAAAGGCCAAGUGCACUUCUUGUCUUAUUUUUAUUUAAUAUUUGAAAAUAACCGUUUAUGGAUUGUUUCUCAGUCAAGGGACAUUCACUAUAUCUGUGUUUUUAACCCAUUCAUGUGAUGUUUUGAGUUUGAAAAUCUUGACAUUAUUAUCAGCAGGAACACAGAGUGACACAUUUUCAGAUGCCCCAUGCUUCAGAGAUAUGAAACAGCGCAGUAUGAUCUCAAAACUCGCACACAAAUGGCCAUAGCAGUGUUUUGAGAUGAUGCUGUAUUUAAAAAAGUGACUUUAAAGAGAAAGUGUAUUAGCUCUACAAAUUCCAGUAAAGAGUGUUGUUCUUAAGUUUAUAAUGUGAGAAAUCUUUCUGUGAAGUUUUUGUUUUUAUUCCGCUUUCUUGAUUUAUUCUGUUCAAAUGCAAAUGGAUUUUUCGCAGUUCUCUUUUAUGCAACAUAAAACUUUUAUUUAAGUCUGAAAACUGUACUGUGAUAUGACACGUGUUGUACAUAUUUUUAAUUCCUAUAUUCCUCCAUAUCUCUUUUAUAAGAGUGUCAUUCAUAAUAGAACUGAUUAUUAAGACAGACCUUGUCUGUGUUUAAUUUUGAGGGUAAAUCUGCAGAAUCGAUUUAAUAUAACCUAAAUAUCUACAAACUGCAGAAAUCUAUGGGCACAGGCUCUGUCACUGUUCAUUUCGAUCAUUUUCCUGAUGUGAAUUCCUCACAACCCCUUCCCAUAAUGCUGACUGUUGAUUAACCUGUUGACUGACUGUUGAUGGAUAUUGAUGAGCUUAAUAAAUGUGUUUUCUGAGUUUAUGUUGGACAGGACCCCCUCAUUAGGGUCUCCUGUGAAGAAGGAUAUCAAAUGGACAGUGAGGCAUUGAAACCGUACCUAUACUGUCUUCACAUGUAAAAUAAAAACUGAUGACAUUUUCAUUGUAUUUGCCACAUUAUAUUAUUAUAUUUUAAUGAAAGUCAUUAUGUAAUAUGCCCUGUACAGCUAAUUUGAAUAAAACGGUCUCUUUAGA